UCUACCUUUUCCUCUUCUCUGUCACAUACAAAGAAUCCACGUAUUAAUCGAUCUGUUGUGCACCACAACAACAACAACAAAAACCCCCAAUUUCUAUGCGAUAAUCUCAAUACUCAAUCUCCAUAUCCUCCUUUUUGAUUUUCAUCUUCUAAUUUCCACAAAUUUAUAGAAUAAUCCUUCAGUUUUCGCUUUUCGUGCCCUAAUUUCGGUGCUUUUUCGCUUUAAUCAUCAAAUGCGAUCCUGAAUCAUCUGCCUUUUUGUGAAUUUUGAUCCAAGGUGAGAAGAUUGACUGUUGGAUUUGGUGGUUAUUUGACUGAUACUGUUGAUUAUCUGGCAUGGAUGAUGCGUCACAGAUAUGUGCUCUAUGCCGUAGAACACUUUCAUCUGAAAACGAAAAUAACGACUUCGAUUCCAUCGCCAUAUGUGGGGACUGUAAGUUUUUAUUUCUAGAAGAUAACGGCACCCCAUCCCGACACAUUCAACACAGAGCUCCUAGAACAAGACAAACACGAUACAAUAACAGUUCAGAAUCAAUCGAAGAUAUGUUUUCCCAACAGUUUUCAACCAUGAUUAAUCUCGCUCGACAAAACCCCGCUCCUGUUUCCGACACGAGUUCCCGAACUACCCCUAGUGGUUCUAGAAGAUGGAGGCGAGUCGUUUCUGACACCGAAAGUGAUGGUUUUGAUUCUGCUAAUGGAGAUAGUGAUGUUAUUUCUUAUGGAGCUUAUGUUGACGAUUCGGAUGUUUCUGUAGAUGCUCAUAGUCCUCUUGGUGGUGAUUCGGAUACCGAUAUUGACCCGAUGCAUGCGGGUUUGAACCGGUGGAGUUCAGACGAUGAAUGGGAAGCGGUUGAAGACGGUGAGAAUGGUGAAACGCUUGGAUCUUUGAUUACUAGAGUUCAUCUUCAAAGAUCGAUGGUGUACGAUGGUCAAUCUCCUGAAAUAGAAGGAGCAAUUCGUGUAAGAAUCAGUGAACGUAGAUUAUACCCGUUUGCCUACACAGAUAACGGUCAAGAAACGUCACGUUAUGUCGGGAAUUCGGGGGAUUAUCUCGAUUCUAGAAGCUUUGAAGAACUAUUAGAAAGGUUAGCCGACGCGGAUACUUCAAGACGCGGUGCGCCUCCAGCGGCUCCAUCGGUUGUGAACAAUCUUGAUUGUGUGACUGUUAAUGCUUCGGACCAUAACGGUUUAACAUGUGCCAUUUGUAAAGACUCGUUGACGGUUGGGACCGUGGUUAACCGUCUUCCUUGUCUCCAUCUUUACCACCCUUUGUGUAUUAAACCAUGGUUAACUGCACGUAACACGUGUCCAUUGUGUCGGUUUGAGCUUCCAACCGAUGACGUGGACUACGAGAACAGGAAAGAAAUCGAUAGUCGUGGGCCCACGGUUCAAGAAACCCAACAGGAGUUGGAGAUUAACAACAUUAACACCUCUUUUGACGAGGAUGGUGGUCAAGAAAUGUUGAAUAACGGCGCUGGUGGUGAAACGAGAGGAAGACGAUGGUUGUUUGUGGCGGCACCGGUCGUGAGUCUGGUGGGGAUCGGUCUUGCGUUGUGGUUGGGUCACCCUGGAGCUAUUAGGAGUUCUGGUUCAAGAGGGGAUAGAAGUAGAAGAGGCUGGGGUCUUUUUUAGUUUAUUGCAUGAGUUGUGGGGAGUAAUAAUGAGUUGUGAAAUUGUGGUGUUGGUUUUUGUUUGUUUGUAAGGGUUUUUUUUUUUUUUU